GUCGCGACUAAAAUUGUGAACAUUUAUUUAUUCAACUCUUUUUUUCCAUCUUUUUGAUGUGGUUGUUAGUAAUGCAUCCGUUAUUUCUCAUAUCAAGUACUGAGUGCUUUUUAACCGUCAGUGGUAAGUCCAUAAAAGUGAAUCUAUAGUAAAUUGAGUUAAUUUAUUAUUCUUUCAAGGCGGCGCUUCCGGCAGUGAAUAUGAAGGCAGCUAAUUAGCAGGUGUUGCUGAUUUCAUUUAUGAUGAGUUUUGGCACGAAUUUCUAUAGUCUUUUUCCUUUUCUGUUAUUUAUAAUCUGAUCAGAAAGAAGAGAAAGGAUUAUGGAGUGGAUAGACAAGCCGAAACAGAACAAAACGAGUGAAAGAAAAACAUAUCAGAGUCUGAGUCGACCGUUAUCCAUGCCGAACUUGAGCGAUUUUGCCGAUUACAUUCGUGAAAAUGUGUUCAACAUUGACACGAAUCGCCUUGUAAAGUUCCAAUCUAUGCCCAGAGUUACAAAUCCUGUUUACUGCAAAGUAUUUUUCACAAAAUCGAAGGCGGUCAAACCGCUCAAGCUAAACGACGUGAAAAAAUCAGUAGCGUUUGCUCUUGGGCCAGAGAGCUCUGCUGACAUUCUGGAACGACCUCUGUGGCGAUGGUUAAUGAGAGCCGGUUUGACUCCCAGUGAACUUAUGGCUCAUAAGAAGAACAAUGACCAGGCAUGGCUGCUUCUGUUCCAGGUGCCGAAAGAAAUUUUCGUUCAGCCGGCGCAUUGGGAAGGCAUCAUAGAUUAUGUUCAGUAUUACUACCCAAGUGUGUAUAUGGCUGUAUACACGCAUGCUUUCCGCGUUCGUCAACUUCCCCUCAGCGAAUUUGAAAAAGACCUCGGAUUCCGAUUCGACAGAUGCUCUAAUGACUCGGAACUCUUCAUGACGGAAUCGAAGUUGUUGCAACGGUAUCCCGACCUACAUCUACCACCUUCGGUCGCCGAGACAAGACUGUUCCUGUACUGUCAACUGUCUUUAGACGACAAGUUCUUUGGCGACGGAUUCGUUCGGCAGCACGAUCACUCGCGAGGCGCAAAAGAGUAUAUCAUGCCGAAUUUGGAUCUUAUUGGAGAUCAUGUUGAACUCAUUCCAUUCAAUUACGAGAUACCAGCUAGUUUUGAUUAGAUAUUUUGAUAAAACGCGAACGAUUAUUAAAUUUAUAAAUCAUGAUUGAAG